AUGGAGUAGAAUACAAAGGUUAAAUAAGAAUAUGUAAAUAAUAUGUUUAUCAUUUAGUUUAAGAAGUUGAAAUUAAUUCAGAAGAAAAUGGAGAAUAUAAAAGCAGAUUAAAGUCCAAGUGUAAUCAAGUAUAUGGUAAGAAGAAAAAGUGCAGAAGAAGUGUAGGCACCUUUACAUGAUGUAGAAUUUAAUCAACAACCUAAGAAGAAGAAAUUAUAGUUUUAAAAAACAUUUUAAAAGGUUGUCAUAGACCCAAUUAUAAAAUUGGAUGAAAUAACUGAAGAAAAAUGGGCUAUAAUGUCCAACAAUUAUAAAUCUUUGAUUGAAAAAUCAAGACAAAGUAUCUCAAAACAUAGUCAAAUCUUCUAACCUUCUUUAGUAACAAAAGAACAUCAUAAAUUUUAAUUUCUCACUCGAAGAUAAUCAAUUGAAUUUCGACUUCGUGAAAUCACUACUGCACCUAGUAAUCAUUCAUCUGCAUCUCCAAUAAAAAUAAAUACUAAUACUUAACUUGCAGAUCCUAAUUAUGAUAGAUUCAAAAAGUAUUAUCAAAAAAUAGGGAUUGUAGCUGAUAAUCCUGUUUAAAUGAAGUUCAAAUAAUUAAUAUCUACUCCAAUAGCACCUUAAAAAAGAAAAGAAAAAAGUUAACAUUCUUUUAAUAAUUCAUAAUAAAAUUCAUCUUCUUCUCCUCCUCCAAAGACUAGAACUAUCCAUAUCAAACCUAAUCGUAAUUCGUAAUAUUUAUAGGAGAUCAAAGAAAUAUGUUCAGUUGCAUCAAAUUAUUAAACACAUGUGAAAUAAGAUGAAAGAAUACAAAUUCAUUAAACUAGUAAAUAAAUGGGAUACAUAUAAGCAGAAUUUAAUAAGUUUCAUAAUAUGUUAACUACAGAUUUAGAAAGAUUAGAUUUUUAUGAUGAAAAGUAAUGA